AGCAGUCCAACCUGCCUGAACACAACCCGUCGAACCGGCUGAGGCGGCGCCCGCACGCGCACGGCCACGCACGCACAAGUCGACCUCAAGCUACGCAGUCAUGGACCUGGAGACGCAGGCGGAAGAACCCGCCGAAACAUGUCAGAUUGAGGAGAUCACAUCAACGGCCAAAUUCGGAGACCUGAUUGAAUUCUCGUACCCGAUCGGCUACUCGCACUGGGGCGUGUAUGAUGACGACGGCCAUGUGAUCCACUUUGCCGUGGCAGAGGAGGGCCAUGUCUUGGGCAACAUCCGCACAUCACUCCAAAGCUGGUUCCCCGUCUGCGGUGACCUGCUACUGGGCGCCACCCGUAUUCGCCGGGUUCCGCUCGGCGAGGUCAACGUCCCCAAAGGCGUCCACAUCCUGAUCAGCAACAACCGGCACGCUUUCAAAGCGUCCUCGCCCGAGGAGAUAAGGCGGCGGCGGGACGCCCUGGAGGACGUGGAGCUGCCCUACAACCUCUUCUGGCUAAACUGCGAGCACUUUGCCACAUUUGUGCGAUACGGGAAAGCCAUCUGCAAUCAGAUUCCCACCAAGGCCAAAAACGAAGAGACCGAGUCAGCUACCAGCACCUUCCAGGAAAUCGUUGACUCCAAAGCCGACAAAGAGCCUUCCUAGCCACACACGCAACGCAUACAAUUGUGUCGAGAAUUUCAUCAAUAAAAGACAAUACAAAGUUAUAAUAGUAAAUCUACUCCCUUUUACCAUAAUGGUGAAGCAGUGAGCCUUUAGCUCCAGCAGAGGGCGCUGUCGUGGGUGUAAGAUCGCUGUGUUCCAACCAUCUACAAGACUGGAGUAAAACACAUGAUGUACUCAUCGGCUUCUUUUGGCCUUGACGGAGAUUCUAAUUCUCUGAUAUAAAUUAAAAAUAUAUUUUGUAUGCA